UUCGCUGGAGACCCAGCCAGCUGUCAUCAGGCCGGCGACAGUUCGUUCUGUUCUAAUAGAACUGGUUUUUCCGCCCUCUGUUUUGUCCGCAGAUUAAUCUGUGCUCCCAGCGACUAUGCAUUAUCCAUGAUACUCACCUUCCGGCUCCUUAAAAUAUUGCGAAAUCACUAGAAUUGAUCUAAAUGAUAUAUUCAAAUCCUUCGGCGCGAACUUUAUCCAAUAUAUCUGUAAAAUGUCACUUGUCUCCCGGCAUUGUCGUUUGUAAACAAAAACUCUUUGCUAGCGCUCAUGAACACGCGCAUGCCUGUGCCGGUAAAACGAGAGUAAAUUGUGAUUAGAGGAAAACAUAAAAGUGAAAGUAGUUCAUAAAUUGCCUGUAAUAAGUUAUAAAAGUAGCGCAGUUUUGACUGAAUCGCACCAAAAUGUUGCGAUUGUUUUCCAUAUUUUUGGUGUUGGCUUUGAGCUCUGUUGGGAGCAUUCAAGGCGUGGUAACCGAUCCAGAUCCUGCAGGGUAUAUCGCUUAUUGUCCCUGCAUGGGCCGGUUCGGAAAUCAAGCAGAUCAUCUCUUGGGAGCCCUGGCCUUCGCGAAGGCGCUUAACAGAACACUUAUCUUACCACCUUGGGUUGAAUAUAGAAAAGGCGAAAUAAAAUCGAUGCAGGUGCCUUUUAAUAAGUACUUCAAAGUAGAGCCAAUACUGGAAUAUCAUCGUGUUAUUACCAUGGAAGAUUUCAUGAAUGAAACUGCCCGAAAAAUUUGGCCUCUCCACAAACGAAUCUCAUUUUGUUACAUGGAGCGCAAAAGCCUCGACCCAAAGAACACCAAAAAGGAUUGUAAUGCGAAGGAAGGGAACCCAUUUGGAUCAUUCUGGGAUACAUUUCGCAUUAAUUUUGUUGCCUCUGAAUUCUUCGGUCCAUUGCACUACGACGUCCACCAUAGCGACGUCGCCUCAAAAUGGGCAGACAAUUAUAAUCCGAAAGAUUGGCCAGUUCUCGCUUACACCGGAGCUCCUGGAAGUUUUCCCGUCCAAGCGGAAAAUCGUAAGUUGCAAAAAUAUAUUCAAUGGAGCGACACGUAUGCCACGAAGGCUGAGAAGUUCAUAAGGACGAAACUACCGAAAGGGGCGUUUAUUGGUGUUCAUCUGCGCAACGGAAUCGAUUGGGUGAGAGCUUGUGAACAUGUUAAGUCGAGCACGAACCUCUUCGCGUCGCCACAAUGUUUAGGUUAUAAGAAUGAACACGGAAAACUCUAUGACGAGCUGUGCAUGCCGUCCCGCAACAUUAUAGUGAACCAAUUGAAACGGCUGAUAAGAAAGGUCAAGUCGGAAAGCCCAACGAAUCAGAUCAAGUCAAUCUUCGUGGCUUCGGAUAACAAUCACAUGAUCGAGGAUCUAACGAGAGACUUAAGAGAGGUGGACGUCUCGAUCCACAAGCUGGAAACGAAUGAUCCUCACCUGGAUCUCGCAGUCCUGGGGACCGCAAAUUAUUUCAUAGGCAACUGCAUAUCCUCGUACUCGGCCUUUGUGAUCCGAGAGCGCGAAAGCAGAGGUUUUCCUUCAUAUUUCUGGGCUUUUCCCAAGGCUGAUAUUCAACUCGGCGAUGAAUUUGCAAAACAUGACGAAUUGUGAUAAUCAUUCCAUAUAUUGUAAGACCAACGUUAAAUAAAACUUUGACGAUUUUAGCUUAAA